CAGUCAGAGCAGGACCGCCAUUUGCGUUUACCGAGAUUAAUAAUCGUCCGUGUGUGAUAGCGUCAUUUCGUUUGUACACAGUUUAUCGUACGUAUUGCCCGUCGGCCACCCGCCAACGAUUGACACUCAGCGUUCCUAAUAGUUUUUCGACGAAUUUUUUUCGGUAAAAAAAUACUCCUUCCGGGACGACGAAGAGUUUUGAUUAUGUAGUGACGCGAUCGGCCGGGCCAAAUACGCGUGCUAGCAGCCAGCACAGUUAGAACCGACGACAAAGAAGUGCAGUCGGUCGUUUUCGGGCCGAAAACGAUCAGCUCAUCAGUUCCAUCCGCACGCCGAUAUAGACGCAGCGAUGGACAGCAGCACUAACGGCGAGACGAAGGAACCGCCGCCGUCGUCUUCAUCACCUCCGCCGCCGCCGCCGUCAGCACAGACGACGUCGACGACAGCAGCGUUGACGACGACAACGAUGACGACGACGAUGUCCAUAACUAGCCUAACGACUACGAUCACGACGACGAUGACUACGACGAGCCCAACGGAUAUCUAUCAGAUGUGCCGUCUGUGCCUGAACACGCUAAAGGCGGACGAAGGCGAAUCGGUGUUCAACAACCAGGUGCCCUCGCUGCCGGAGAAAAUCUACCGUGUAUUCGGGGUACAAAUUACCGAUGCUAAAGAUUUGCCAAAUAAACUUUGCUCAAAAUGUGUGCAAAAUACUGAACAGUGUUAUAGCCAUAGAGAAACAUACAAGCGUCAGGAACGUGUUUUGUAUGACAUGAUUAAAAAGCCAGCAAUUGAGGAAGCUAAGAAUUCACCAAAUUCUGAAUAUGUGUACAGUCCUGCGGAUUCAAAUCACUCUUCAUCAUCUGGUGUAUCCUCUGAUCCUCGUUACAUUAAGGCCAAUAGUUCAGCUAAUAACAUGAAUCAUAGUUCUAAUUCUCCACCUUAUGAAACAAAUGCAUCUCUAGCUUCUCAUGUUGAAGUUAUUCAAGGGUGUGAUGAAAUGGCAGCAGAGGUGACAAUAGCUCAUGAUUCGGAAGAAACCGUUUCAGGAGAUGACACUAUUUGUACUGACAACAAUGCUGAGUAUGGAACAUAUAAUGAUGAUGAAAAUAUUAUUGUAGUUAAAACUGAACCAGACGACGAUUAUGAUGAAGAAUAUUUCAAUGGUUUGUAUAGCACUAAGAAUGACGAUGGAAAUGAAAACUAUGAACAACAAGAAGGACCAAAAGUUAUUGCUAGUGUACAAUUCCCAAUGGUAAAUGGUACAAUCGUUAAUGGUACCCAUAAAAUUGGCCAAAAGCAAUUUUCCUUAGUUAAUUGCAUUCCAACAUCCUGGGCUUCGAGUACGAGCAAAGACCGUCGUAAACAAAGCUGUCCUACUAGAGCAUUGGAAUUAAGUGGUUUCCGAACACAAGUUGCUGGUGAUGAUACUAAUUCAUCAGAUGAGGGAAAUGUUACAAAUUGGACAACUAAAAAAAUCCGUGCCAAUUCUCCUGCUGUUAUAGUGAAGCCUGCUUAUGCAUGGCCUAAUUUACAAGGCAGUGGCCAAACCCUAAUAUUUCAAACAAAAAAUCCUGAUGGUACAACUUCUGAAUUACGUCCUCAAGUUAUGCAAGUUGGUGAAUGGGCCAACAAUCAGGGUCAAUCAAAUGCUCCUACAGAUCCGUCAGAUCGCAUGGGUAUGCUGUUAUUUGCUGCUACUCAUAUUCAAGAACUAUCCACUGAGAGUGAUGAUGGUCAGUCUCCUGGCACACCCAAGGGCGCUACUGUGGUACGUGGUAAAUUAGUAUCGUCAGAACAAAAGCGCAAGAUAUAUCAGACACAAGCCACAAUUAGGCGGUAUUCAGAUGGUCAUCAAGUACAACAGCAAGUUAAAGACAUAAAUGCUUCACCAAAUAUACCCAGAAAACGUACUGCUAGGGAAUCAUCGGUUCAGAGAAUGUGCAGUAAUUGUGGAACUACAUGUUCAACAAUAUGGCGACGACUAAAUGAAGACCCAGUAUGCAAUGCCUGUGGAUUAUACUAUAAAUUACAUGGAAAAAUUAGACCACCCACUAUGAGACGUGACACCAUACAUACUAGACAACGUAGAAAACGAUCAGACAACGGUAUGGACAUAAGCAUGAAUAAGAAAAAAAUCAAAAUUAAAAAAACAGAAGACACUAAAUUAGAAGAAGAUUGCUAUGAAGUAGAACAACCGCCAUCGCCCAAUUCAGCGGCUGUUCAAACUAUUAUUGAAGAACCUGUUCAUGAUGAAACACCACUAAAUCUUGUCAGCAAAUAAUGAGCGUGCGUAAUACGCAAGGUUCGUCAUAAUAUUCCUCAUUUUAAUUUUUUUUUUUUUUUGUCCUUAUUUGUACGUGAAAUAUAGCUUAAGAUGUAAUUUGAAUUAAGUAUCAAUUCUGUAUUCUUGUUCUUGCACACAUUAUAUUAUCAAUAGAUUUUAAUAUUGUGCUAAAUCAAAUUCAGUUUUGAUCUGCUUUUAUUUUUCAAUCCAAACACCAAACCAUAAUACAUAAUUUCUAUUAAAUUAGUUAGCAUUCAUUUAUUUUCCAUUCCAUUUUAUUAAUAGAGCAAAACAAACUAAUUGAUGACCAACAAAUCAAAAAAAACUUUUACUUAUAAUAUGUAGAUUACUGUAUUAAUGAUCUGUUCAGUUGACUAUUUUUUUUUAUUAUUUUUGUCAUUAAUAUUUUCUUCUAAGACAAUGUGCUCCUCAUAAAUACCUUUUUGUAUAUUAAGUAUGUAUCUCUGACACACGAUUAUAAUGAUAGUAGGAGCUCUCUAAUCUUAAAUUCCCAUAUUUGCGAUUUCCUUGCUAAGUCUAAAUAAAAUGUCUACCUCCAUUAUGAUGCACUAUAACCUCCCUACAAUUAUUUUUUGAAUGUAAAUCUAACUUGAGUUGUAUAUACUAUAAUAUUAAUGUAUACAAAUUGAAAAUUAAUCUUACAAAAUAUAUAUUUAUAUAUAAUAUAUUAUAUGUAUAUUGUAUAUAUCUUAUAUAUUAUUAAUAUUUUUACAGAUUUUUUUUUAUUAACUUUGUAUGUAUAAAAACUGGUGUAACAUUGUAAAUAAAAAUAAUUAUUUAGGCCAUUUUCAUUCAAAGGGUAAUCUCGUGUAUUAGUAAUAGUAAUAACAAAAUAGAAAUAUAUUCUGAUUUAAAUUUAAAUGAAAGUAUUUAGAUCUUUGAGCUUAAGUUUCUAUCAAUGCAUUAUUUGUUAAGCAUUUAAAUUACAUACUUUUUUCUAUUUUUAGAAUUUAAUGGUGGUUAUAGAGCAUAUAUAGCUUUAAUCUACAGUGGGCACAAAUUGAUGUCCACUUGAAAUUUUGCUUAAAAAUAUUUGUCUUCACUAAUAUGGUUUUGAAAACUAUUAUUUUACAAUAUUAUUGUAGAACUAAUAUAGUAUAGUAUGAUGGAUAAGUUACGAAAUUAAAAUUAAUUAUAGAAGUUGAUAAGAUAACCAACAGAAAACAUCAGUUUUCUCUUAAUACAUAUUGGCGACUGAAUUUAAAUAAUACAUACUUUACAUAUUAUGAUUAUGUAUGUAUGGUAGACACAUGUAUAUACCUUUGUGAUUAAUGAAAUAUAACUUCUGUGUUUUAAUUA